AUGUGGCUGAUCUUGCAGGCCUCACUCCUGCUUGCAGCCGCAAGUGGUAGUGAGGACGGCAAUUGCCGCCGCGAGGAAGUCAGCAUGCUCCAGGCGGUCCAAACCCAAGCCGCGUUGACUGAGAUGGGUCGAAAGCAGGCUCAGGCCACGAACGUCACGGCAGGACCAUGUAGCCAGAGGAUGGCCUUUGAACGCUCAGUGCACACGUUUCCUAUACAGAACCUGUACUGGCUACACAUUCCCAAGGCCGGCACCAGUUUCAUUGCAACUGUCUGGAAUUAUGCAUGUGGGCAGGGAAAGGAGAUGUUGGACUUCACAGUAAGCGACAAGUAUGCUCCUCAUUGUGGGCGGUGCUAUGACUACGCGCUCAUGGAACGAUAUCCGAAGCAUGAGUAUUGCACACAGGACGUGCUACAUAGCAGGUUCACUACGGCACACAAUCCGAUUUCCACGGAGAAGAUGCAAGAUAUGGGAAUGCAUGCUGUGGCUAUGUUUCGUCAACCCAACCAGCGCAUUAUCUCGGCACGCAAUGAUGGGUAUCACGCCAAUGGCUUUUCCAAAGCCGAAUUUGCUGCCCUUCGGGCAGCGUGCGGUAAGCCCCAUUCAGUCGAAUGCUUCGCGCGGUAUCCUGGCAUAGCGGGCUGCAUGGCGCGCAUGCUCACCGGCGGAACAUGUGCCGAAAGCAGCGCAGCGCGCUCAGGCCCCUUCGAUGGUGGGAGGGCCCUGGUUGACAAGGCCAAGAAGGCCAUUGCCCAGCUUGCCUUUGUGGGCCUCACGGAGCGCUGGAACGACUCCGUGUGCCUGUUCCACCGCAUGUUCGGAGGGUCCAUUAACCCGGCGGAGUUCAUGAACUUCCACCACAACCACAAGCAUGAUGGCAAGCAGAUGUAUGAAGAGGACGCCCUCAAUGGAUUCCGUGACGACGCCGACGAGGAGGUCUACGCUGCAGCUCGAGCGCGUUUCGAGAGCCUGCUCCAAGAGCAUGUGCCGGCAGGAGAGUCGGCCUGUGACGGUCUGUCUCAGCCCGCUGAGUCCGACUGCCGCUGCGAGACUCAGCGCCAGCAGUGCGGCUCUGUUCCAGGCGAAGAGUCAAGGAACGCAGAUGUGCAGUGCAGUGCUGGUUCCUGCAAAGCCACUGACCAGCAAGUCCCUGUCGAGCUCUUCAAUUGGGCCCUCCCUCUAAACUUCGUGAUGAGGAAGCUCGGCAAGCGACCUCACUUUGGGAUCCCAGCUCUUGACAGCCAGCAGGUGGUUUCCGCCUACCGAAAUGGCGAGGAUCACGUGGAGCUCGAGGCCUCCUUGAAGAAACUGGCGGCGCCGGGGAUCGCCAAGCACGCGGCCAAACUGAAGAAGGCCUGGCCAGAGUGGGGGAAGAUGGCCAGCGGAGUGCCGGUGCCGGGCGCUGGACUCGUCCUCCGAGAGUGCUUGCUGUUGAGCUUCGUCCACGCCGCAACAGCUUUGGCACAGCUCAGCUCAAAACCUUUGUACAACGUUUGGGUCGUCCCUCCGCUGCGUGAGGGCCUCGUCCUCGCCAUCGUGCUCUUCGGCUCCAAGCAUCCUAUGGCCCUGAGGCUCAUCCACGCCUGCCAGCGGGCACAGGCCCCGGAUCCAGAGCCGUCCCCGACGCCACGCAGCCGAGACCCCGGCCGCCUGGCCCAGCCGAGGUGCCGCGCGCCGGCCGAGCCCACGAAGCCGCAGCCGAAGCCGCCAAAAUCGGCGGCGAAGGCGAGGCCAAAGCGCCCGCCCAUGAAAGGCCGCACGUGCCCAGCCUGGAAUGCCGGGUCGGGCUUGCAGCCGGAAAAGGUUGAACAAAUGCAUUCGGUGGGUCACGUUCCGAAGGUGCCUGGCACAGCGCUGGGCUUGGAUGGAGGAGCAGAAUACAUGCAGACUCAGUCUGUUCGGAGACACAGCGAUUCGAGGCAGACGCUCUCCCCGGUGCGGCAAGAGUUCUGGACCCGGCGUGAGGGCCAACGGGAGCUCAGGCACAUACAACGGCAGGCAAAUGCCGAAGUGCGCCGAGAGCUUCAACGCCCGCUCUCGUCCGACCCGGCAGUGGGCAGAAGAAGGCAGCUUGAGCUGGAGGCAGAAGGCCCACGGCGCGCUUCUGGGACCACAUCGACGCCCGCGACGCCUCGCUCCCAAACACCAGAGGGAGGGACGCCGCGGGAGCCCGUUUGGAAGCAGGCUGCACGGGCGCACUCGCGGAGGGCGGUCUCUUCUGCCUCAGUCCAGUUCGAGCGAUGCAAGCGGCAGGAAGCAGCAAUCCGGGCCGCCCGGGCCACGGCGACGCCUUCUCCAAGGUCGGUGACCGAAACCAAGGACCUCGCCAUCGAAAAGCCUCGGCGGUCUUCGUCCAGUUCUUCGGGCUUGAGUAGCAGCUCAUCUUGGCAGAAAGAGGCCGAGGACCUCGGCGAGGAGAAGGCUGACGCAAGACAUUUCCAGCUAAUGGAAGACGCGCGAGGGAAGGAUAACGCUUACAACAAGAUCAGCUCCGCCCUCGAGUCCGCGCUUGCACCGGCGGCUGACGGUUCCAGCAGCUCCGUCUCGGGAUGUGGGAGCUCGAACGACAGCGCCAGUCCCGGCCCGGUCGCCGCGCAGCAGACUCGAGGCGGUCCGUCUUUGCCUCACCAGCCGAACACGGAGGAGUCGCCCUACCGCAGCCUAGCUGAGGUCGAGGAGAGAUACCUUGCUGCAGCGAGGAAGGAUCCUACAACUGGGCUGCCGAUUUGCAGCACCUGCGGGCGUCUGGGGCAUCCGCUCUGCGGCCUCAGGUACUGGAUCACUCUGCGAUCGGCUUGGCUCAGGUUGCCGGAGGAGAUUGUGGGUGAAGAGCCUCACAGCUUCGAGGACCCGGGCUCUGUGCAGAUCGCCCGACAAGCACAGAUAGGCUUUGUGCGGGAGAUCAGUGAGGGCGAGGCAGAAGAUCUUGAGGACUGCCUGGAUGCCAUUCAAAGGCCAUUCCCGCUGCUACGGCGGUCGAUUCCCCUGUCGCAGGCGGUCCAAUAUGCCGAGGCCUUGUGGGAAGACUGA